CAUAUGUGAGACUAGUAAAGAAGGAUGAUCAUACCUUUCGGAAUUGGAUGAACAUCAGGUGGCUAUCAAGCGUGUAUAUCAUGGUCUUUGGAACAGGUCCAUGGGGGUUGUGCCGUUUGAUACAAUGAAGAUCCAGUUCCUGGCUAUCGGUGAUGCAUUCAAAAUAAAAUUUUGGGACAUGGACAAUAUUUACCUCUUGACAACUACUGCUGCAGAGGGUGGAUUACUGGCUGCUCCAUGCAUUCGAUUUGACAAGGAAGGGAUACUGCUUGCUGUAUCAACAAGUGAGAAUGGAAUCAAAAUACUUGCAAAUGCUGAUGGUGUACGGCUUCUGUGUUGUAUUGAAAAUCAAGCUGUUGAUACCUCCAGAGUGGCUCCUGCAACUAUUGAAAAGGGACCGAUAAUUAGCACCUUUGGUGCUUCCUGUUCAACUGCUGGAACAAGCACUUGAUAUUAGUCGAAGUCCACAGAAACCCUAAAGCUUUUGAUUUUCUGAAGAAUAUUCUUAUCAAAAUUUCAGAAGAAUAUUUCAGGAGCUAAAAUUCUUAUUGACGACAACGCAUAUGUUCAGUUGACAUUUCUGAAUCUAGAGGAAAAGAUGACUAUUGUGGAAGUUCUCACUUAGGC